GUCACGUGUUUCCGGGUUACAACAGCACUUCCGGUCCCUCUCCUGUUUCAGUAUUUAAAAUAUAUCAAUGUGAGGAUUGUUGAAGGGUUUACAGGUGUCUGAGCUGAAUGCAUAAUAUAUUGCAAAGGGAUUAUUCAGAUACUUCAACGUUAUUAAAAUGAACGAGCUUCAGAUGGUCAAAAAGUAGAUGAUUUACAGUGCUGGAAGCUGUAAUAAGAAGAACAGGGAGGCUUUACUAACAUGGAAACAGAGGAAGUAGCGGCUGAGGCACCUGCAGAACCAACAACCGAAGUCAAAGAUGCAAAUACAGAGGAAAGCAAAGAGCCCACAGAAAGCACAGGCAUUCAGAAUCAUGUCACAGAUGAAAACAAAGAGGAAGCUGUAACUGAGAAGGAGGGCGAGUCUUCAAAAGACAUCGACAAACCACCUUGUGACUGGUUGGAGCCCCUCGAAGAAGACUGUGAUGAUUCCCAGAGUGUUGAUGGAGAAGUAGAGAGCCUUGCGGGGAGCGAAUGGAGCGGAAGUGUGGUUAGUGUUAGGAAAAGCACUGGAGAGAGAGGUGGCAGAGGUGUUGGGAGACCGAGAAGGAGAGCCCAAUGCGAGGUAGAUGAAGAAUGGGAAGAUUGGCCGUCAUUAGGGCAAGGAUGGAAACGCAAACAGGUUUUUCGUCGGUCAGGCACCAGUGAAGGACGCAGUGAUACAUACUAUAUGAGUCCAAGAGGUCAUAAAGUAAGAAGUAGGGUUGAGCUUGUGAAAUAUAUAAGUGAAUCUGUGGACCUCACAAAUUUUGAUUUUAAAACGGGCCAGUUUCUUGGUGAAGGGCCUCGAAGAAGAAAGAGAAGGAAACCGGAUUCUCCCCAGGCACACUUUUCUGUACCUGGUUUUCCAAAUGAAUUAGCAGAUACAGGCGGCGGUAAUCCAGGAUCUUCAGCUAGUCUCAGCUAUGGGACGGCUCCGAAGUUCGGCUCAUAUUCAGUCCAAAAGGGUGCCAAUACAGUGACCACGCCAAAAUGCAGUACCUAUGCUAGUCCUGAGACCGAUACCGCUUUACCAAGUGCCGCUGCACAACUUACUGUUGAUCUGACUGAAGAUUCUGCGAAACCAACUCCUCCUCCUCCUUUGGGCGGUUCAGUGUCUGUGGCCCCAGAUAGGCCCGUCAAUGGUGCCAGUGGAAAUCCACAAAAAUUUUUUGGUGUCUGCCUAAAAUGUCAUAAAACCUAUACUUUUGAAGAGGGACAAACUUUGUGCCAGAAUUGCAGGCUAGAGGAUAACGCAUCAAUAGUAAGACGAAGAAAACCCUACAAAAAGCGGGUUCCAUGUGGCCGAUGCCGGGCUUGCCAAAAUUCUGUGGACUGUGGAAAAUGUGUUAGUUGCAGAAAUGGUCGGCUACGCCUUCGACUUAAUAUCCACUCUCGUAAAGUCGUUAAGUGUCGCAAACGGAAGUGUUUGCGCCCCAUCCGUAAAGACAGGGCUGUAAAGACACCAGCGUUUCCCCCAGACUUGCAAAUGCAAAUUCAUUCUCUGCCAGCAGGAGGCGCUGUUGGAGCGGGAGAAGUAGCGGUUUCCCUGGCAUCAGAAUGGCAGUUUCCAAACACGGCCAGAUCAUUAAGCACAACUUCAAAUAUUUCACAACCCUCAGUGUCAGAAGAUUUUGAGGAAUCACAGAGCUCCUAUCUGCAGUACAGUGACUCAGAGGAUCUGUCUAUGUUCUUUGGGGGUAAUGAUGGUGACAAUGGCCUGGAUGAGAUGGGUGUACCAAAAGUACGUCGCCGUUCCUGUGGGAAGUGUAAAGGUUGUGUUCGCCGUACAGACUGUGGAAGCUGUGAUUUUUGCAUGGACAAACCCAAGUUUGGAGGCAGAAAUAAAAAAAGACAGAAAUGCCGUCUGCGACAGUGCCAAAGAGAGGCUAUGAAGCAUUUGCUGCCCAUGGAUGAAGCGGAGAUGCUUUUCUCUCAGGGCUGGGUUACACACGGCAGGCCACGGUACACAUAUGGACGUGGUAGACCCAGGUCCAAAAAGUUGUGGGAUUUUGAGGUUUCAGAUAACGAGGCUGAAUCAUAUGUGCCAAAGGCUUCCUCGAGUAUUGCCCAGGUGCUGAAUCGGAACAGGCUCCUUCAUCCCAAUCACAAUAGAAAGGCUUAUGUUUAUGCUGAUGUUGCUAACAGUCAUUUGAUGAACAAUCUCCCACUCUACAAUCCACACAAAGUUGAGAUGAGCCCCCAGCUGCACAUAGGACGGGCGGAGAUGAUCAAAGAAAACGGGCUUCAAGGCAGUGGCAUCAGUAGCAGAGCCCUUCUGUCUGCGAGACCAGAGUUUCUUCCUAUGGCAGUUCCACCACACUGCCCUGGAGACAGUUUGAGGGUAGGGAAUCGAUCACAAGGUUUGGCAGGUCAGGAACCAUGCCAAGAAGAGCAACAGGAGGACGAGUCUUGUCCGUCGAUCACUCAGAUAUUCAGCAUGGCAGACAGUGACCCUACCAUCCAAGGCAUCGAUGUCAAUCAUGAACUGAUGCCUCUCCUGAGAUCUCUUCGUAGCAUGGUACUUCCUGUCCUCUGGUUCUGUGUUGUGGUGGAAGGCCCUCAGUUACAGCUGAUGCAGUGCUCGAAGCGCUCCACUAUGGCAGACACCACCAUUCAUAUCGAGCCCAACUUCCACUACCACAUCAGCGUCCAGGGACAGCCGCUCCUGCCCACCCACAGACUCUACGACAGUCACCCGUCUUCUCUCGCCACUACAAAAGAGAUUGUUGCGCUCCUUGAGGACCUAGAAAGGUACUCGAUCUGCCAGGGCUCAGGGCACAAAAAAUCCACAACUGGGUCAGAGCCUGUGGUUCCUGAACGGGCAGCUACCUGUGACUUCCUAGUUUUUUCAGAAACAGAACGCUGUGAAAAAUGCAAAACUCUACAAAAAGUAUAGAGAGACUAUUCUGCACAUGGGAAUUGGUCUUCAAGUAAUACAUCUUCUAUUUUCAAAUUUUGAACUAUUCUAGAAUAUCUUUCAACUCUAAUAUAAAAAUAUUAGAGCACUGUUUUGUUUUUUGUUGUUUCAGAAGGGUGCCAGCAUUACAUUGACUGACUGAUGAAUCAGUUUUUGGUUACUUUAUUCCACAAAAAAAGGACUAAUAUUAUGUCCCACAUUAACAGGAUAGUUUGCCCAAAAAUAAAAAUGACGUCAUUAUUUACUGACCCUGGUGUUGUUCUAAUGUUGUAUGUCCUUCUUGAAAGCAAACAAACAGGACCAGGGUGAGUAAAUGAUGACAUAAUGUUCAUUUUUGAGAGAACUAUCCUUUUAAUGAGUGACCACUAAACAUAUAGAUGUUUUUUGUUGUUGUUGUUUUUUUACCCUAGAAUAUGUGACACGUUUUGGUACCUACUAUGGCUAAGGAUGCUCAUUGAAUCCUGGUCAUAUAAAUGGAGGUAGUGAAUGGGCAUGUUUUACACAAUCAAACAUUGAGCAGUUUAACUGUACAUCUUGCCUUGCACUAAAGUUUUAAUAGUGCUUCACAUCCAUUUUGGUUUAAUUCCUCACACCAAUGAUAUCUGUACAUGUGUUAUGCUUAUGUACUUCUCAGGGGGGAUUUUUCAGAAUGCAUUAAUCAGGUGGAAGAUCCAUGUUUGUUAAAGAUUUAAUAUUUGCUGUAUGACAUGGGAUGAGGCUGCUUUCGUUUUGGAUAGACAAUUUUGUACAUAGUGCAAGUGGUGGCAGAGAAAUUAGAUUAAAAAAAAAAUAGCGAGAAUGUUUUUUUUUUUUUAUAAACGUCUUUUGCUUUCCAGAAUUUGUUUCCUCUGUUACAAAACACUUUGAAUUAUGUUUGUAUGUGCUUUCAUAUAAAUAAUCUGAUUUAUUUCUGUUUAUUUAAUAAAUCAUAUUAUCCGUUGGGUGACUGCCAUUAUGUGCUCAAGGCAAUAGAUAUAACCUUAUUUUGCCCGUUAAUUAAUCACAAUACAUUAAAUUUUAUAUUAUAAGUUUC